AUGUCUGACAGGCGGGAUUCAGAAAAAGAAAAACUCAGUACUCUUUCUGAUGUGGCAAAAUUCAACUACGCCUUGAAGCAGUUUCAGACACUGAUUGGAAAAACAGUCGCCCAGAAGAGGGAGGAAAGAUUAGGGGUGUACAUUAAAGAUCAGGAUGAAAUAGAUUAUGAUACAUUCUAUGAGACAGUACAAACCCUCUUUGGUCCAGAAGUGAAGGAUCAAGAUGUUAAGACCUUUUUCAGGAAGAUUAGCAACAACCCUGAUGGAAGGAUAGAAUGGUGUGAGAUCUUUGGCUACUUUAUAGUAGAAGGUGAUGCCCUUGCUUCCCAACUAGAUGAAGAAAACAUGGUUUUCCUGGUGUCCCGAAGACAGCGAAUUACAAAAGCAGGUGUCAAGAGACGAGAUGUGAUUAAGUGUAUAGCAAAGGUGCCACAGUUGGAUUUCAUGAUAACAGCAUCUCAGAAGGGAACGUUAACCAUUUUUAACAGUCAGAUGAGGGCUCUGACAAGCACAAACAUUGCAGAUAGUUCCUGGGUUACUGGAUGCGACUAUCUUACUCAGCUCAAACGGGUUGUUGCUGUAACUGAAAGGACUGUUGUCAUCUGGGAUUAUAAAUCACAAGGCAGCUGCCAGGAUAAUUGCUUCAUCAUCAAACCAAUGGAACAUUGUCUGCUCUGCGUUUGUACGGUGAAUUUAGGAGAUCAGUUAGCUAAGGAUGACAUCCUAAUGGGAGAUGAUGGGGGUCAUGUCAACCUUUUUACAGUGACCAGUGAUGACUUUGGACUAAAGCAAUCCAAAGCCAAAAAGAAAUCACAAUUACAGAUCCUGGACUCCAGGAAAUUCAAGAAUAUUAAACGAAAACUCCAUGAUGACUGGGUUGUGAAGGUUAAGUUUAUCUCUGUCCUGAAUUGUUUUGGAUCCUGCUCCUUAGACAGUGUUCAUUCGUUCGUUUUGGAUGACUUAAAGAGACUAGAAGACAACAUACCUGUCAGGGAGUUUUCUGUCCCAAGAGGAGUUAAUGCCUUCACAUACUGUGGAAAAGCAAAUAUCAUUGUUACUGGAGGUGAUGAUAAAGUUCUCCGUUUAUGGCAUCCCAAUAUAAACACCAAACCAGUGGGGAAGCUGUUGGGACACUUAUUUAGUGUCAUGGAGAUUGUCACAAAUGAAAAAGAUCAGCACAUUAUUAGCCUUUCCACUGCAAAGGUUUUUAGAGUGUGGGAUAUACAGACCCUUUCGCUGCUGCAGAUCUUCCACGAUAGUCAGGGGAAACCUGCAGAAAUGCAGAUCUAUGCCAUGAUAUUUGACAAUAACCAUGGCACGCUUAUUACAGGGUCAUCUGUCAUUGAUAUUUAUCCUCUAACCCGGAUGAUACAAGACACCAAACAGGUUCCACAAACACACGAAAGAAACAUCAACGUACUGGCUUACAACAGGGCUUUUCAUCAAGUUCUCACUGUCUGUGCCGAAUCUAUUGUGAAGGUCUGGGAGCUAGAAUCCGGGCACCAAAUCUACCAGAUUGAAGAUGCCCAUGGGCCUAAUAUUGAAGUGACCUGUGCAGCAAUUGAUAAAAAUGGGUUUCACCUUGCUACAGGGGCCUAUGAUGGAACGUUGAAAAUCUGGGAUUUUGGAAGUGGGCAGGAAAUUAAAGCUUUGCCUGUCACAAAUGACAGCAAAGAUGAUGAGCAGUGGCUGCUGCAGCUAGUUUAUCUGAAGGCUAGUGAGAGUCGGCAUGUGAUCCUGGCUUUGGAGCACAGUGGGAAGAUCCAAAUCAUUCAGGGUAAUGAAGGUGAACCUUAUCUGACUGUUACAUGGGAGCUCCCUGAGGCUGUGUCACUUAUUCUGCAAGGGAAUCCAGUCAUGUCUCUAUGUCUGAAACCCAAUGCCAGGAAAGCAAAUGGUUUUUUUCCAGAUGUUCAGCUGUUGUCUGAUACAGAACCUAAGAGAAAUAAUGAAAUCCAGAAUUUACCACUGGGUGAAGAAAUGAAGUGCUUUGAUGUGUUAAAAGUAGAAGGAUACAGCUUGAUAGCUACUGGAAAUGCACAUGGUGCAAUAAUCUUGUGGGAUUUUGAAUCUGCUACUGUCAGAUACUUGGAUAAAACUUAUCAGGCUUGUCAAGACGCUACCGGUCAAGUAUCUGGAGUCAAUGCUGUGCUAUUCCUGUUCCGGAGUGAUUUCUCUUCCAGUCACUCCUCCUCCACCACUUCAUCCCUUGUAAGUGAUAUGACUGCCACACAGGAUGCAGAAGGCAGCCACUUGAGUCUAAACAAGGAAGAUGUAAACAAUGGAGAGUCUCCAGCAACAGUAGAAGGGGAAGAGACAACCAACGAGAAGGACGUGCAACCCUCUGACACCAAAAAAUCAGCCUCUGGCUUCUCCAGAAACAUAGCUGGACAUACAUGCUCACCGAUACUGGCCUCUGCCCAUGAAAAUGGCUGUGUCUAUCUAUGGACUAUUGGGGGAGAUUUACUGAGAGAAGUUUUGCCCUUCACAAAGCAUCCUGCAAUUCCUCUGACUGCUCUGUGCACCGAUAUCUCUUCUAAAAUGCUUUUAGCGGCCACCAAGGAGGGGCAUAUUAUGCACUGGAAUACUGGCUCAUUCCUGGAAGAUCCACAGGAUGAAAAUAAGCAAAUAAAGCAGCAGCUCUACUGGCGAGCUCAUUCCACCAAAGUGGUCAGCCUAUUCUAUGAGGAGGAGAAAAACCUGGUAGUGACGGCCUCUGUGGAUGGUUCUGUCAGGCUCUGGCACGCACCAAAUGGACACUAUGUUGGUUACUUCGGACAGCGCAGGGUGUUUGAAUUAUCUGAAUCCAGUGAUUUGAUUUUGCCCUGUGAUGUUAAUGAAUUUCCCAUUAUAAUCAAAGAAGACAGCAAGUACAUGGAAAAGAAGCAGAAGUUUGAAUAUCCUCUAAUACUGGACAGGAAGAAGUGGAAAUCAUUGACCAAAUCAUCCUUGCUUUCAAAAAAGCCUAGACCCUUCGAAGUGGAUCAGGAUUUCAAGUUUUUCAAAGCCCUAGCUUCUCCUAAGGUUAAUAGACAACCUUUGGAAAGUUUCAAGUCAGGAAACAAAGAGGCUGGUGUUGUGUUUGGCUCUAUACCUAUAUACAGGGUUCUCAGUAUAACAAGUCACAAAGCUCUCCACCAGUUGGGGUCAAAAGAGAAGCAAGACUCAGUUGACACUAUCUUCAAAAGGAUGAAGCAUCAUAGAUUUUAUGAGCCAUCACGUUUAUCCAAGAGAAGAAGUGCAAAAAAUAGCCAGGCUACAGCGGCAAAUGUGAUCCAGUCCUUUGCCACCUCCAUUUCCUUCCAAGGUGCAAAACCCUAAACUGCCACUGCUGUUAUCAAAAAUAAACCUUGAGAUCACUGCAAAUCAUACGUAGUCAAAGUAAUUGCUACUGGUAAGCAGACAAGCACAGCCUCUGUAUCCAACUUCUUUAUUUCCAAUGCUCCAGCAAUAUUGUGUUAAUUCAUGUAUCAGUAGCUCCUGUUGUCACAUCACACCCCAUAUUCUUCAUAGAAAUAUGCUUAUUAUAAGAAUAUGGCAUAAGUAAAAUGUAUUUUUUGCAAGAUGGGUCAUGUAAGUUAUCAUUGGAAAGUUUUAUGAUUUACUGAAUAUGAUUACCCUAUUUGUAUGUGUGUAUCAUUUCUGUAUCUGAAGUUAGGAAUAUUAGUUCUGUAUCAAUUGCAAAAGAGUUUGCCUACUGUCUGGUGGGUGUUCCCCAGAUGCAAUCAGCCUGAAUGGGCCAUUAGGGAGAACAAUAAGAUUUUGAAGAUACUAAUCUCCCGCCCUCCUGAGAAGCUUCCUGUGUUGCUGCUUUGACAUUGUAGGGUCAUGUGAUCAUGUCAUCUGAAAUUGGAUUGCAUCUUGGACUACGGGUAUUUUCCACAAGGAUGGGGUUGGGGUCGGACUGGGGGGGAGAAGAUUCCCGCCAUAUGUAAAUCCUAUUUAAGGCUGGGAAGUGAGUCAAUCAAGGUUGCAGGUUAUUCACUGAAUCCCCGCCCAGAAUGAGUGCUAGAAACAUCUAAGACUGUCCUAAGGAGAAGGAAUGGGACCUAGGCUAAGAAAGGGUCUGGCCUGAAAAGGAAUACCUGAAACUCUAUGCAGCAAGCAGUGCAGUUUACCUUCAGGAAACUCCACAACCUGCAUAAAACAACAUUUAGGGUGAGAAAUUACUAUUUGUAGCCAAUUUAUUUAAUAUUUUAAGCCUAGUUUGUGUGUUUUGUUUUAUUUGCUCAGUAAUCUGCUUUGUUCUGUUUGCUAUCCCUUAUAAUCACAUAAAAUUUACCUUUUGUAGUUAAUAAACUCUUUUUUUUU